GUCCUCUACACGAUCUCUUUAGCUAAGCAGUCGCCCGCCCUUUCCACCCUAAUCUAGAAUUUUGUGUGGGCGCUGGCAAAAUUAGGGGCUGCUAGCAAAAAAACACGACAACGAAUCUACCGAAUCAACACAGUUAUCGAAGUUCAACAAAAAUUCAAGUCGAUUAAGUCAAAUUAUAAUUCAAUUACAAAGUUUUAAGCUCAGUUGUAUCGGUCGAAUUGCUUCAAAGAUUUUUUAAACAUACAACAUGAGUGACAUUCCAAUUGAAUUCACAGAGUUGGCUGAUUUGACCUCUCUUGGGAUAAAUCAACAAUCACUCGAAUUCAGAUCAACAACUUUGGAAAGUGAUCGUUAUGUCGUUGUUAGGGAGCAAGUCAAUGGUACAAAUACUGUUGCCAUUGUUGAUUUGCAAAACAACAACCAGGUCACUAGAAAAAACAUGACUGCCGAUAAUGCUAUUUUACACCCUUCACAAUUUAUCAUUUCAUUAAGAGCUAAUGGUACAACUUUACAGAUCUUUAACUUACAAACUAAAGAAAAGCUAAAGUCUUUCAACACUGAUGAACCAGUUAUCUUUUGGAAAUGGCUUAAUGAUGAACAAUUGGGUUUGGUUACUGCCUCAUCUAUUUACACUUGGAAUGUUUUUGAUGGCCAACCUUCAUCAGGCCCAACUAAAUUGACUACAAGACAUGCCAAUUUAAACAAUGCUCAAAUCAUUAAUUUUGUUGCUAAUGCCAACUUUGAUUGGUUUGCCGUUGUUGGUAUUACUCAAGAAAAUGGUCGUAUCGCUGGUAAAAUUCAACUUUACUCUAAACAAAGAAAUGUUUCACAAGCUAUUGAAGGUCAUGUUGCAAAUUUCAGCUCAAUAACUUUGGAAAAUGCUAGUUCUCCAACUCAAGUGUUUGUUUGUGGUAAUAGAACUGCUACUGCGGGACAAUUACACAUCAUCGAAAUCGAUCAUGACAACAAUAACCCACCAUUUCAAAAGAAAACAGUUGACAUUUUCUUCCCUCCAGAUGCUGUAAAUGAUUUCCCAAUUAGUUUACAAAUCUCUAAGAAAUACGGUAUCAUUUAUUUGUUGACCAAAUAUGGUUUCAUCCAUUUAUAUGAUUUAGAAAGUGGUCAAAACUUGUUCGUCAACAGAAUUACUGCCAUUCUAGUUUUCAUUGCUUCAAGUUAUGAUGAUCGUAACGGUAUCUUGGCUAUCAACAAAAAUGGUCAAGUUUUGGCUGUUGAAAUUUCAAAAGAUAAAUUGAUUCCAUACGUUUUGAACAAAUUGGCUAAUGUCCCAUUAGCUUUAUCAUUGGCUUCAAGAGGUGGUUUACCAGGUGCUGAAAACUUGUUUUUGCAACAAUUUGACACUUUAUUGAAUCAAGGUGAUUACUCAAAUGCUGCUAAAGUUGCUGCAUCUUCAGAACAAUUGAGAACACCAACCACUAUUCAAAAAUUGAAAAAUAUUCAAGCCCCACCAGGUUCUAUCUCUCCAAUUUUACAAUAUUUUUCAACUUUAUUGGACAAAGGUCAAUUAAAUCAAUUUGAAACUAUUGAAUUAGCUAAACCAGUCUUACAACAAGAUCGUAAACAAUUGUUUGAAAAAUGGUUGAAGGAAGAUAAAUUGACCUCCUCAGAAGAAUUAGGUGAUAUUGUUAAACCAUUUGAUUUGAACUUAGCAUUAGCGAUUUACUUGAGAGCUAAAACUCAUCCAAAAGUUAUCUCUGCAUUAGCUGAAUCUGGUCAAUUUGAUAAAAUCUUGCCAUACAGUGAAAAAGUUGGCUAUCAACCAAACUUUAUUGUUUUGAUUUCAAACUUAUUAAGAUCAAAUCCAGAUAAAGCUUCGGAAUUUGCCAUUAGUUUAUUAAACUCACCAUCAACAAGCGAGCAAAUUGAAGUUGAAAAAAUUGCUGAUAUUUUCUUUAGUCAAAACUUUAUUCAACAAGGUACAUCAUUCUUAUUGGAUGCUUUGAAAGAUGAUUCCCCAAACCAAGGACAUUUACAAACAAGAUUAUUGGAAAUCAACUUACUACAUGCUCCACAAGUUGCUGAUGCUAUUCUUGGUAACGAUAUGUUCCAUCAUUAUGAUAAACCAACUAUUGCACAAUUGGCAGAAAAGGCUGGUUUAUAUCAAAGAGCUUUGGAAAACUACUCAGAUAUCAAAGACAUCAAGAGGGUUAUUGUCAACACAAACGCUAUCCCAGCUGAUUGGUUAGUUUCAUACUUUGGUAAACUAAAUGUUGAACAAUCUUUGGUUGCCUUGAGAGAAUUGUUGGACAGAAACAUUGCUCAAAAUUUACAAAUUGUUAUCCAAGUCGCCACCAAAUAUUCUGAUUUAUUGGGUUCUGCUACUUUGGUCAAAUUGUUCGAAGAGUUCCGUUGUCAUGAAGGUUUGUACUACUACUUGGCUUCUAUUGUUAACUUAACUGAUGACAAAGAUGUUGUUUUCAAAUAUAUUCAAUCUGCUUCAAAAUUGGGCCAAGUCAAAGAAAUUGAGCGUGUUGUUAAAGAUAACAAUGUUUAUGAUCCAGAAAAAGUUAAAAACUUUUUGAAAGAUGCCAAUUUACAAGAUCAAUUGCCAUUGAUUAUUGUUUGCGACCGUUUUGAUUAUAUUCAUGAUUUGAUUUUGUACUUGUACAAACAUCAAUUUUUCAAGUUUAUUGAAGUUUAUGUUCAACAAGUUAACCCAUCAAAAACUCCACAAGUUGUUGCUGCUUUGUUAGAUGUUGAUUGUGACGAAAAAGUUAUCCAAAACUUGAUUCAAAGUGUCCUUGGUCAAGUUCCAAUUGCUGAGUUAACUGCUGAAGUUGAAAAGAGAAACCGUUUGAAGUUAUUAUUACCAUUCCUAGAAGCUACUUUGAAUGCUGGCUCUCAAGAUCAAGCUGUUUUCAACACUUUAGCUAAAAUCUACAUCGAUUCAAACAACAAUCCAGAAAAGUUUUUGAAAGAAAAUGACUCUUAUGAUACUUUAGAAGUUGGUCAUUACUGUGAGAAGAGAGAUCCAUAUCUUGCAUACAUAGCUUAUGAAAGAGGUGCUAAUGAUGAUGAAUUAAUUAGAAUCACCAAUGAAAACUCUAUGUACAAAUAUCAAGCUAGAUACUUAUUGAAAAGAUCUGAUUUGAACUUAUGGAACAAAGUUUUGAGUGAAGAAAACAUUCACAGAAGACAAUUAAUUGAUCAAGUUGUUGGUACUGCUGUUCCAGAAUUGACUGAUCCAGAACCUGUUUCAUUGACAGUUAAAGCUUUUAUGGAUAAUGGAUUAACUCUAGAGUUGGUUGAAUUGCUAGAAAAGAUCAUUUUAGAGCCAUCACCAUUCAAUGAUAACCCAUCAUUACAAGGUUUGUUAUUAUUAACUGCUAUUAAAGUUGAACCAACUAAGGUUAGCUCAUACAUUGAGAAAUUAGACCAAUUUGAUCCAAAUGAAAUUGGUACCCUAUGUACUGAAGCUGGUUUACAUGAAGAAGCUUUUGAAAUUUAUGACAAGAAUAAAUUGCACUCUCAAGCAUUGAAAGUUUUAGUUGAAGAUAUCUUGUCUUUGGACAGAGGUGAGACUUAUGCUGAAAAGAUUGGUGAAUCACAAUUAUGGAGUCAAUUAGGUACUGCUCAAUUAGAUGGUUUGCGUAUUCCAGAAGCUAUUGAUUCAUACAUCAAAGCUGGUGAUGCUUCAAACUUUGAAUCCGUUAUUGAUAUUGCUGAUUCUGCUGGUAAAUUUGAAGAGUUGAUCAAAUUCUUAUUGAUGGCUAGAGAACAUUACAAGGAACCAAAGAUUGAUGGUGAGAUUGUCGUUGCAUAUGCUGAGCUUGGUAAAUUGAAUGAAAUUGAAUCAUUUUUGAAUGGCUCAAAUGUCGCUGAUUUAAAUGAAGUUGGUGAUAAAUUAUAUGAUCGUAAAGAUUAUAAAGCUGCUAAACUAUUGUAUUCAUCAGUUUCAAAUUACUCAAAAUUGGCAAGUACUUUAGUUUUCUUGGAUGAUUACCAAUCAGCUGUUGAAUGUGCUAGAAAGGCUAGUAACACUAAGGUCUGGAAGCAAGUUAAUGACGCAUGUCUCGAACAUAAAGAAUUCCGUUUGGCUCAAAUUUGUGGUUUGAACUUGAUUGUCCAUGCUGAAGAGUUGAGUGAAUUAGUUGAAAAAUAUGAAAGUGAAGGUUACUUUGAUCAAUUGAUUUCAUUAUUUGAAGCUGGUUUAGGUUUAGAAAGAGCUCAUAUGGGUAUGUUUACAGAGUUGGCUAUUUUAUACACCAAGUACAACCCAUCAAAAACCUUAGAACACUUGAAAUUAUUUUGGUCAAGAAUCAACAUUCCAAAAGUUAUUAGAGCAACUGAAACUGCACACUUAUGGCCAGAAUUGAUCUUUUUAUAUGCUCAUUAUGAUGAAUGGGAUAAUGCUGCUUUGACCAUGAUUGAAAAAGCCGCUUCAAGUUUUGAUCAUUCUUCUUUCAAAGAAAUUAUUGUCAAGGUUGCUAACUUAGAAAUUUACUACAAAGCUAUAAAUUUCUAUGUCAACGAACAUCCAUCUUUGAUCACUGAUUUAUUGACUGUUUUGACCCCAAGAAUUGAUAUUCCAAGAGUUGUAAGACUAUUCCAAAAAUCAGAUAAUUUACCAUUAAUUAAACCAUUCUUGGUUAGUGUUUUGGACAAAAAUAACUCUGUUGUUAAUGCCGCUUACCAUGAUUUGUUAAUUGAAGAGGAAGACUAUAAGACUUUGGGUACCGUUGUUGAUACACAUGACAAAUUUGAUUCAAUUGAUCUUGCUGCAAGAUUAGAAAAACAUGAUUUGAUUUUCUUCAGACAAAUUGCUGCUCGUUUAUACCGUAAAAACAAGAAAUGGAAUAAGGCUUUGUCAAUCUUGAAAACAGAUCAAUUGUGGAAAGAUGCCAUUGAAACUGCUGCUAUUUCCAAAUCAACUGAUGUUGCUGAAGACUUGUUGACUUAUUUCGUUGAAACUGGUAACAAUGAAUCAUUCAUUGCUUUGUUGUACAGUGCAUAUGAUUUAAUUCACUACGAUAAGGUCAUUGAAUUAGCUUGGUUACAUGACUUGAAUGAUUACAUUAAACCAUACCAAAUUGCUGUUGAAAGAGAAAGAAGUGAUGGUUUGAAGAAAUUGUUGGAUGAUUUGAAAAUUAGAGACGAAGCUAAGCAAAAAGAUGAAGAACCAGUUUUAGGAAACCAAAGAUUGAUGAUCACUAAUGGUUCUCCUGCUACAGGUUUAGGAUAUCAACCAACUGGUCAGGGUUUUGGUAAUUCUUUCUGAUGGGUUGUUGAUGAGGUGAUAUUUCAAAAAAAAAAGCUAGAAGUUUAAAAGAAAUAUAUUUAUAUUAGUUUGUAUUGUUUGAAUAAAAUUGUGUCUUU